CGUCAGCUGAAUGAACAGUUCCAAGGUUACAAAGAAACUUACAAUGAUGUGCAAAGUAAACUGGCCAAUGAGGUGAUCAAGGUGGCAGGUAUAUGAAAUGUCUUCAGAUCAGCUCACAAUUUCUCUACACUGUUCUACAUAUUGGCCGUUUUCACACUAGAGACGGAUUCGGAGCUUAAGCAACAACGACGGCAACGCCGACGGCUGCGAAAACGUUACUUAAAAAGUGAGUUCGCGCUGCUUCAAACUUAAUCCAUCUCGUUAACUUUGCGAAAUGUUGGCGAAUUUUUCUGGAGUUGAAUUCUAAAGGAGUGUAUGGUAGUUCAGGAAAAGAGGAAGAAAGUCGUUGUGUUCUGUUCACUCCUCCACAAAACAUGAAUUUAGGAAGUUUUCUACACUGAAAUGUAAAAAACGUGUGAUGUACGUGCAAAUUGGUGUUUUGCUAAUACAAAGCUAUUGUAUUUUUGCCGCUCUCGUUGCCGUCGCCGUCAUCGUUGCUUAAGCUCCCUAUUUUCCAUCUCAGACAGGUUCUCCGUUGGAAAAUUCGCGUCAGAUAAGUAAUUCCUUUUAAUCUGAAAAUGGAACGGUUUUAAUUUUGGACGAAUAAUCCGUCUCUAUUAAGAAAACGGCCAUUAUGUUUCUUCUGGCAGUGAAGAGAACGAUUUGUUUUAAAAACAAUAAAGUUUACUUUGGGGAUCGAUUCUUUUAUUAAUCAUGACCCGCAUGUUUGAUUGUACAGCUUAUGGGUCAGGACUAAAUAGAAUCCAGGCUGUAACAAUUGCGCAUUAAAAUCCUUUGCAGCUAAAUUUCGCCUUUGAGUAAACGAUUAACCGCAAAAUGAGGAGAACUCUUUCCAAAAUACGCACUUUCCUUUUUUUUGUAUCCGCAUUGGAUUAUAACCUUGUACGCAUCAGAGCCUUGGGUCUGGUUAAAAAAAAAACAGCUCGGAAAAAAAUAUGGCCGAAGUUGCCUUGAAAAAGUGUACGUACGUAUAAACUGUAGGCGGCUCAAAAUGUUAUGUUUUUUUUUUUCUGCAGGAGGAUACAGUGAACCCAUGCAAAUGAUGAGCGACAUCAUCGCACAAAUUGAUGCUUUAAUAAGGUGACUUCCCUUCUGAUGAUGCACCGUGAACUAUGACACUCCACUGUAGCAUAUUUAAAGAGAUGUCUGUACCACCGACUGAUCACAUCGACGUCAUUAUGUCGUUGAAAAUGCACUAGACCCUGAUGUGUGUUCCGUCAAGUUAUAAAGCACGCGCCUUCAUUGUGACGGUCUGUGACCAAUACACAAACAGCCUUUUGAGGGGACAUAUUUAAAGGACAAAGUUAUAGAACAGAGCAUAAUGAACCAGCUAACUUUUUCGUUUAAAAAUGCCUUUCAAAACCUCUUAAAAAUUUUGGAAGAUAGUUAGAAUAAAGCCGAUACUUGUAAUUGAUGAUGAGUGCAAAACAAAGGGAAAAAACGGACUACUCACAGUAUUAUGUGAAACAAUUAUUCCCUGGUAACAGAUAACGCACUCUAAACACUAAGCUACUGAGAGACUUAUGUUAAGCACUUAUAUAUGUGUAUAUAUAUGUGACUCGCUUCUUACAUACUGCUUAGAUGAGGAAUUUUAAUGAGUACGGGAAAGUCGUUGAUCUGAAACUGAACCUGUCAAGAAUGAUUAAAACAUCUUUUAGUGUAACUAAGCACCCACGGGGGAAUGCUUUAGGGUAUCUUUAGAUCUGGAAAUAUUUAGCAAUUUCAAGCAGUAUUAUCAAACGCUUUUGUACCUUCAGCUGGUUAACGAGAUGACAACUGCAGAAUCAUUCUUUUUCUUGGCUCGCGAGUCUUCUUACUGUUUUCUGUCCCCAAAAAAUAAUGGUUUAGCUUAGCAAAGAUAUCUUGUUCACACAAUGCAAUUUAAUGUAAGUAUUUAAUGAUACAUGUAAUAUGUUAAUCUUUUCUUAAUGUUUUUUCAUUAGUUUUGCGCAUGUGUCUGCCAAUGCUCCUAUUCCUUAUGUUCGUCCAAAAAUAACUCCUAAAGGUAUGCUAUGGUAAAUAAGUUACCCUUAAGCAAAUGAACUAAAUUGUCCAUUUAAACCAAUUAUCAGAGAGAAAUAACUGUUACUUUUAGUGUAAAGACAAUUUUCGUCACUGCAGUUCAGUAGAUUCACUGCAUUUUUAUUUGUUUAAUACAUAAAUAAAUACUCCAGCUCUUACUAUACUACUUACCAUUGAUAAUACACAGAUGAGGCUACAAUUAUUUCUGCUAAAUUCACUUAGUUAAGAGCGACAAAUUAUCACUGCUUUCAUAGUUAUCGUUGUGGCAGCCGGAGAACAUAUUUGCAGCUACUUAACCUGGAGCCCUUACAAUUUUUCACAAACCCUUUGGUCGAAAAUUUCGCGUCUAAAAUUUAAACGGUUAAAUUUGACUUCGUGUCAGGAGGACUCUUUACAAGUGUAGCUAAGUCACCUAAUGAGACUAAAAAUAUUAAAGAAAAAGUAUCGUUUAACACGGCUAUUCAUAUUUUCUAUGGCUACCCAAAUGGAACGGCGGGAACCAUUUAAUUUUCCAAUUAGAAUGUUCAACAAUCUAUAGGCCUAUUUUAGAGGGAUUUUUGUGGUCUUUGGAGCAUAACGGUGCUUGUUUAUUAUGAUCUUUUCAAAAUUGCUCUUUUGCUCUGUGUUGUAUUGCAAUAGAUCUACUUUUUGUUUAUUUGUUGUAUAAAGUGUAAAAAAAAAAAAAAACAUCAGAAACUUUUUGUUGCGCCUUUUCUAUAGAAUGUAGAGAAAAAAUGGAUGAGAUUUUGGGACAGAUACCAGUGGAACUAAAUAAGGUUAGUAUUGUCUUCUGGUAAAUAAACUUUUCAUGUUGUGAGUGAGUAUUUCGUAAGCUUAAGUUGGUUAUUAAGUAUUAGAUCCAUUUUGCUUUCUAUUUUGCUGUGCCAUAAUACAGGCUGCCAGGGACUUGGGCCUAGAAGCUGGAAAAUCAAUAAAGCUAGAAUCUAACAACCAGUUUGGCUAUUUCUUCAGGAUAACAAAAAAGGUGACUUAAUCUCUCAUUUGUGUCAUGGUUUAAUAAUGUGUAAUGCUUAUAGAAACUAUUGUGCCAUCCUCAAUGUUAAUUUUGGUGAAUGUCAAAUGUUGGUCGAAAAAAACUGAAGUACAUAAAAAAAAACUCACGAACCUGUUCAACAUCAUGCGUUUGGGUGUUCCACUUUGAAUUUGAUAGAGCGAUAAAUCUCUCAGAGCAGAGAAGAAAACUAGCCCACAUAUAAUAAACAAUCAAAUCAAACUCCGACUACAUUGGAGGAGGGCAAGGUCGUCUUGUCAUUAAGCUGAUUCAGUACUCACCAAUAUAAUUUUAAAAAGUUAGGGCAAACUAAGGUACUUGCGUGUCUCAGAUGCGUCACAAACUUUUUCAAUUUUGUUUGUCAGAUUAGCAACCUGCGUACCUAAUUAACCCCGUGCUCUAUUCAUUUUCUAGUGGGCAAAAUGAUCAUUUUUUUUUAAUUGGAGAAUUACUUUGUCUCCGUGUUUUUAUUGUUUGAUUCUUGAUUCAAAUCUGCAGGAGGAAAAAGCACUCAGAAACAGCAAGCGGUUCACUACAAUCGACACACGGAAGGAUGGAAUAAGAUGCAACAAUUCUGCCCUGCGUCAGCUGAAUGAACAGUUCCAAGGUUACAAAGAAACUUACAAUGAUGUGCAAAGUAAACUGGCCAAUGAGGUGAUCAAGGUGGCAGGUAUAUGAAAUGUCUUCAGAUCAGCUCACAAUUUCUCUACACUGUUCUACAUAUUGGCCGUUUUCACACUAGAGACGGAUUCGGAGCUUAAGCAACAACGACGGCAACGCCGACGGCUGCGAAAACGUUACUUAAAAAGUGAGUUCGCGCUGCUUCAAACUUAAUCCAUCUCGUUAACUUUGCGAAAUGUUGGCGAAUUUUUCUGGAGUUGAAUUCUAAAGGAGUGUAUGGUAGUUCAGGAAAAGAGGAAGAAAGUCGUUGUGUUCUGUUCACUCCUCCACAAAACAUGAAUUUAGGAAGUUUUCUACACUGAAAUGUAAAAAACGUGUGAUGUACGUGCAAAUUGGUGUUUUGCUAAUACAAAGCUAUUGUAUUUUUGCCGCUCUCGUUGCCGUCGCCGUCAUCGUUGCUUAAGCUCCCUAUUUUCCAUCUCAGACAGGUUCUCCGUUGGAAAAUUCGCGUCAGAUAAGUAAUUCCUUUUAAUCUGAAAAUGGAACGGUUUUAAUUUUGGACGAAUAAUCCGUCUCUAUUAAGAAAACGGCCAUUAUGUUUCUUCUGGCAGUGAAGAGAACGAUUUGUUUUAAAAACAAUAAAGUUUACUUUGGGGAUCGAUUCUUUUAUUAAUCAUGACCCGCAUGUUUGAUUGUACAGCUUAUGGGUCAGGACUAAAUAGAAUCCAGGCUGUAACAAUUGCGCAUUAAAAUCCUUUGCAGCUAAAUUUCGCCUUUGAGUAAACGAUUAACCGCAAAAUGAGGAGAACUCUUUCCAAAAUACGCACUUUCCUUUUUUUUGUAUCCGCAUUGGAUUAUAACCUUGUACGCAUCAGAGCCUUGGGUCUGGUUAAAAAAAAAACAGCUCGGAAAAAAAUAUGGCCGAAGUUGCCUUGAAAAAGUGUACGUACGUAUAAACUGUAGGCGGCUCAAAAUGUUAUGUUUUUUUUUUUCUGCAGGAGGAUACAGUGAACCCAUGCAAAUGAUGAGCGACAUCAUCGCACAAAUUGAUGCUUUAAUAAGGUGACUUCCCUUCUGAUGAUGCACCGUGAACUAUGACACUCCACUGUAGCAUAUUUAAAGAGAUGUCUGUACCACCGACUGAUCACAUCGACGUCAUUAUGUCGUUGAAAAUGCACUAGACCCUGAUGUGUGUUCCGUCAAGUUAUAAAGCACGCGCCUUCAUUGUGACGGUCUGUGACCAAUACACAAACAGCCUUUUGAGGGGACAUAUUUAAAGGACAAAGUUAUAGAACAGAGCAUAAUGAACCAGCUAACUUUUUCGUUUAAAAAUGCCUUUCAAAACCUCUUAAAAAUUUUGGAAGAUAGUUAGAAUAAAGCCGAUACUUGUAAUUGAUGAUGAGUGCAAAACAAAGGGAAAAAACGGACUACUCACAGUAUUAUGUGAAACAAUUAUUCCCUGGUAACAGAUAACGCACUCUAAACACUAAGCUACUGAGAGACUUAUGUUAAGCACUUAUAUAUGUGUAUAUAUAUGUGACUCGCUUCUUACAUACUGCUUAGAUGAGGAAUUUUAAUGAGUACGGGAAAGUCGUUGAUCUGAAACUGAACCUGUCAAGAAUGAUUAAAACAUCUUUUAGUGUAACUAAGCACCCACGGGGGAAUGCUUUAGGGUAUCUUUAGAUCUGGAAAUAUUUAGCAAUUUCAAGCAGUAUUAUCAAACGCUUUUGUACCUUCAGCUGGUUAACGAGAUGACAACUGCAGAAUCAUUCUUUUUCUUGGCUCGCGAGUCUUCUUACUGUUUUCUGUCCCCAAAAAAUAAUGGUUUAGCUUAGCAAAGAUAUCUUGUUCACACAAUGCAAUUUAAUGUAAGUAUUUAAUGAUACAUGUAAUAUGUUAAUCUUUUCUUAAUGUUUUUUCAUUAGUUUUGCGCAUGUGUCUGCCAAUGCUCCUAUUCCUUAUGUUCGUCCAAAAAUAACUCCUAAAGGUAUGCUAUGGUAAAUAAGUUACCCUUAAGCAAAUGAACUAAAUUGUCCAUUUAAACCAAUUAUCAGAGAGAAAUAACUGUUACUUUUAGUGUAAAGACAAUUUUCGUCACUGCAGUUCAGUAGAUUCACUGCAUUUUUAUUUGUUUAAUACAUAAAUAAAUACUCCAGCUCUUACUAUACUACUUACCAUUGAUAAUACACAGAUGAGGCUACAAUUAUUUCUGCUAAAUUCACUUAGUUAAGAGCGACAAAUUAUCACUGCUUUCAUAGUUAUCGUUGUGGCAGCCGGAGAACAUAUUUGCAGCUACUUAACCUGGAGCCCUUACAAUUUUUCACAAACCCUUUGGUCGAAAAUUUCGCGUCUAAAAUUUAAACGGUUAAAUUUGACUUCGUGUCAGGAGGACUCUUUACAAGUGUAGCUAAGUCACCUAAUGAGACUAAAAAUAUUAAAGAAAAAGUAUCGUUUAACACGGCUAUUCAUAUUUUCUAUGGCUACCCAAAUGGAACGGCGGGAACCAUUUAAUUUUCCAAUUAGAAUGUUCGAUUUCCGUUGGAAUGGUAAAUACCCGUGGUAACAUGUUAGAAUCUCCCUGUGUAAAGCAACAUCUUUCACUACACAUUUUUUCAUUGUUUAGGGGAAGGGCACAUGAAGCUUGAGAUGGCUAGGCAUCCAUGUCUUGAGGUUCAAGAUGAUGUGGCGUUCAUUGCCAAUGAUAUCACACUUGAACGAGGUAUAGGAAAACUCUUUAAGUCAUGCAUGCACACCUCUGUUAACCCUUUGAGUCCUAAGAAUGAUCAGCAUGAAAUUUGUCCUUGUAAUAUCAAUGCUUUAUAAAGCAAAGUGGUCGUGAGCAUUGAGGACAUGAUCACAAAAGACAAAUCUUAUUGAUACUUCAACAACUUCUCCCCACUACUUUCAUAGGCCAACAAAUGAGAAUUGAAUUCUGAUAUUAGGGUUUAAAGGAUUAAGUGGUCAUCCUUGGGGAAUGGCCCUCUGACUGCUUAAUAAUGGUUUGACCCUCCUAAAAGAAAGCCACUUAGGUGAUUAAGGGAUUUUUUAUCUCUUUUUCUACCAAAAUAAAAGAAAAUUCCGACAAUUACAUGUCAUGCAAACAUGUAUUAAGAAAGAUUCCCUAAAAUAGGUGUCACCCCAAAUCUAGAAACCUUGCUGAAUGAACUCUGCAGACACCACAACUAGUACACAGUUAUUGACAAUGUUCGUUUACGUUUUUUAUUGUAGGUGAAAAAGAAUUUUUGAUUAUCACGGGGCCUAACAUGGGAGGCAAGUCUACCUACAUCAGACAGGUUUGUGUACUGGCUCUCUUCGUUCGAACAUAAUUGAAUCAGUUGCUUUGUGGUAUCCAAGUGAUAGACUAACAUUCCAUAUGGGUAUCGACGCGGUACGCCUUAUUUUCUGGGCUACAAUGUGUUUGUCAUUCAAACGGGAUCUUGUUUAUUUUUAUCCUGUUUUUGUAGUUACAUCUCACUGCAAUGCAUGUUCUGUCUUACUCAGUUUUUGCCCUCUAAGUUCUCGAAUACGGUAGAAUCCCAGGGUGGUUUAAAAGCAUCCGAAGUCACGUAUUCCCAAGUAACGUCACAUGACGACACGGCUUCUUCGUUCCAAGGGAAGAAUGAGUCGAUUGGUGUGCACAAAUGGGGCAAAUCCGGCAAUAUCUUUGCACAGAAGUGCUUUUAGUAAAUGUGUACUUUUAGUUGAGAGAGUAAAAUUUGUCAAGUUUUGAGCGUAGAUAAUGUCGAGAAAGCUUUAUUCGAUGAUUACUUUGUUGGGAAAACCGACUGGGCCCUCAGACGUAAUUACUUACGUCUGAUGUCCAAACAAAGAAUUUGACUCGUAUAAUGGUUAUGUUAAGUCCGAAGUUGGGUUUUGUUCAACUCCAAAAUUUGUAUGAUAAUUUAUAUUUAGCCCUGUUCGGGAGAAAAUUUAUUAAAAUUGCUAUUUGGUACGGUUCAGUUUAUUCAGUUUCGCAUCCUAAGUCCGAGGUCUGACUCAACAGACGAUAUUAACUUAAUGUAGGUCGACCCAAAUUAAAAUUUGGUUCGUCUAAUGAAAAAUUCGACCUGUGGCCUAGGCCUUGGUGAUAUUAAUGUUAGUAACCUUUCUCCAGACAGGAGUGAUAGUACUGAUGGCUCAGCUUGGAUGCUUCGUGCCUUGUAACACUGCAGAAGUAACCAUCACCGACUGCAUUUUAGCUCGAGUGGGGUCUGGAGACAGCCAGUUAAAAGGGGUCUCUACCUUCAUGUCAGAAAUGCUGGAAACGGCUUCAAUAUUAAGAGUAAGGGGAAACGUUUAAUUUACUUAUUGCACUGCGUUUAGCCUCUUCCCAAACCUGCGAUCCCAAAGAAAAAGGGAAGGAGGACCGCCUGAUCGAAGGUUACCUGUUUUCGUCUUUUCAUUGUUGCAACGAUUUAAACGACGAUAACUUUUUUGUGCACUUUAAAUCACCAAAACGGUUCCUGUUUAUUCUUACUUGAAUUUUUGGUUAACUGGUCAUUUUUUGGCUAAAUAAAUAGUACUGUGUUUUGCCGAGGAAUAAAUUUGCAAACCCAAUCGCGUUUUUCCAAUCGUGCAUCUCUGAACUUGAUAGCCCUCUCCCCUGCAGACGUCUCUUUGUGCCGUAGGGAGACUGGGACGAGGGAAAUAGUCUGUGGUCCAAAAAGACCUGCAUAGAUCCUUUAAAGAAAUUCUGCAUGUAAAAAAAUUUUGCCAAAUAAAUGCCCCUAAUGCAUGUUGAUUUCCGAAAAACCAAUUUACCACUACCAACUGUCGUUUUAAUAUCAAGGCAGUGGAAUUGAAGAGAAUACCCAAUUACAAAUAGUGCAAAUGUAAAGAGUGAAUACCCUUUAAGUAACAAUUUAUAUAUAUCUUAGUCUGCUACAGAAAAUUCGCUUAUCAUAAUCGAUGAACUGGGAAGAGGUACCUCGACUUACGAUGGUUUUGGACUUGCCUGGGCAAUAUCACAGUAAGUUGCCGAACUGUUUUUGUUAUUGGUGUUAUUUUUUAUUUAUUUCGUUUUGUUCCGUCAGCGUCACACUGUGAACUGAGCCCCUUUUUGUCUUGUUCUUGAUCGAGGAAGAGAGAAGGAGGCUGUGCCCUUUGAAGACUCUACAGCCCAAUCUUCUGGACCAGUCAAUCUUGUUUUAUCUCGUCAAACUAGCUUUUCGAGUGCGAGCAUCCAAUGGUCAUUACUGAGCCCGCUGUACCAAGCGCACGGCUAUUACGCCUGGGUUCGAAACCUAUUCUACCAACUUGUAGCGCAUGCUCAGCAAAGAUCUUACUCGAUUCGAGUUCGCCAAGGGAGAAGCAACAACGACGGCGAUGGUUGCAAAAACGUCACUUAAAAAGUGAAUUCGCGCCGCUUCAAACUUUAUCGCCCUUAUUCCAUCUCGUUCAAUUCGUCAAAUGUUGGCGAACUUUUCUGGAGUUGAAUUCUAAAGGACUGUAUCAAAAAAAAGAAAAAGAAAGUCGUUGUCUUGUGUUCACGUCCUCCCAGCGUGAUAUAAGGCACUUGCACGUCAUAGUCAUGCAAAAACGGCAAAGACAUGUACCAAAAAACGUGGUGCACGUGAAAUGUUGUUGUUUUGCUUAUCGAACCUAUUGCUCUUUUGCCGUUCUCGUUGCCGUCUUCAUCGUCGUUGCUUAAGCUCCCUAAAAACGAGCAAGGAAAAUGAAGGUUCUACUAGCAAGGUGCGUCAUCGUGAGCGUUAACGUGUUUCUUGCAAAAAAGAGCCUUCAGUGUUUAAGAAAAGUAUGUCUACAUAAUAUUACUACUCGUUCUUUAGGGGCAAUAAAUCCGCCUGCUUUCGUGACUUAAGCGCCAUUUUUCUUAUCCACUCAUAAGUUUGCAUAAUUUAUCUAGCCUCUGUCAUUCUUUAGGUACAUCGCUACCAAGAUCCAAUGUUUUUGUCUCUUCGCAACUCAUUUCCAUGAACUCACUGCUCUAGCGGAUGAAGUUUCAACAGUUACCAACCUACAUGUGACAGCUAUGACCUCAAGCGGGACUUUAACUCUGCUGUACAAAGUAAAACCCGGUAAGACGAUUGAGUUUUAGAAUAAUCAUACCGGCAAGGCUGCAGUAUUUUCGGGCAGCUAGAAAAACUGAAGCCGGAUUGUAUCAUCACCACAACUGCCUANAGUAACAAUUUAUAUAUAUCUUAGUCUGCUACAGAAAAUUCGCUUAUCAUAAUCGAUGAACUGGGAAGAGGUACCUCGACUUACGAUGGUUUUGGACUUGCCUGGGCAAUAUCACAGUAAGUUGCCGAACUGUUUUUGUUAUUGGUGUUAUUUUUUAUUUAUUUCGUUUUGUUCCGUCAGCGUCACACUGUGAACUGAGCCCCUUUUUGUCUUGUUCUUGAUCGAGGAAGAGAGAAGGAGGCUGUGCCCUUUGAAGACUCUACAGCCCAAUCUUCUGGACCAGUCAAUCUUGUUUUAUCUCGUCAAACUAGCUUUUCGAGUGCGAGCAUCCAAUGGUCAUUACUGAGCCCGCUGUACCAAGCGCACGGCUAUUACGCCUGGGUUCGAAACCUAUUCUACCAACUUGUAGCGCAUGCUCAGCAAAGAUCUUACUCGAUUCGAGUUCGCCAAGGGAGAAGCAACAACGACGGCGAUGGUUGCAAAAACGUCACUUAAAAAGUGAAUUCGCGCCGCUUCAAACUUUAUCGCCCUUAUUCCAUCUCGUUCAAUUCGUCAAAUGUUGGCGAACUUUUCUGGAGUUGAAUUCUAAAGGACUGUAUCAAAAAAAAGAAAAAGAAAGUCGUUGUCUUGUGUUCACGUCCUCCCAGCGUGAUAUAAGGCACUUGCACGUCAUAGUCAUGCAAAAACGGCAAAGACAUGUACCAAAAAACGUGGUGCACGUGAAAUGUUGUUGUUUUGCUUAUCGAACCUAUUGCUCUUUUGCCGUUCUCGUUGCCGUCUUCAUCGUCGUUGCUUAAGCUCCCUAAAAACGAGCAAGGAAAAUGAAGGUUCUACUAGCAAGGUGCGUCAUCGUGAGCGUUAACGUGUUUCUUGCAAAAAAGAGCCUUCAGUGUUUAAGAAAAGUAUGUCUACAUAAUAUUACUACUCGUUCUUUAGGGGCAAUAAAUCCGCCUGCUUUCGUGACUUAAGCGCCAUUUUUCUUAUCCACUCAUAAGUUUGCAUAAUUUAUCUAGCCUCUGUCAUUCUUUAGGUACAUCGCUACCAAGAUCCAAUGUUUUUGUCUCUUCGCAACUCAUUUCCAUGAACUCACUGCUCUAGCGGAUGAAGUUUCAACAGUUACCAACCUACAUGUGACAGCUAUGACCUCAAGCGGGACUUUAACUCUGCUGUACAAAGUAAAACCCGGUAAGACGAUUGAGUUUUAGAAUAAUCAUACCGGCAAGGCUGCAGUAUUUUCGGGCAGCUAGAAAAACUGAAGCCGGAUUGUAUCAUCACCACAACUGCCUAUCAAGAAAAAUUGCAUUUGCGAUUUGUGUAAAUGUCUUGAGACAAAAGGAGUUGGAGACAAUUCCGCAAAAAGAGCGAUUUUAUUCUCGAAAUUAUUAGAACCUAAAAUGGUAUUUGACCUCCUUCGUUCAUUGUGCCAUUUUUGACAUCUGCCUCAACGAUGUCGUAUUCUUGUUAGGGACGUUUAUAUGAGGUGAGCCAGGCAACCCCACUUUACCGGCUUAGCUCAGCUCCUGCCUUGUUUUCUCUCGUUUUGUUUAUAUGAGAAGGCAGACUGGUCCGCUUGCUGAUAUCCCGGUUGCUCAAGCCGAGAUCUUGGCAAACGGGCCAGCCUGCUUUCUCCUUUAAACACAACGACAUUUUUACGAAGAAAUAAGACAUGAGCUGAGCCAGCUCGGUAAAGCAAGCCAGCCCGGCUAACCGGACUCGCUCACCUCAUAUAAACAGUCCCUUUCAGGGCUCAUUGUCUAAUCCUCAGCCAAUAAAACCUUGUGCAAAAUUAUCAAGUCGUAUCAUUCAGUGUACGUUAAGGUGGAAGCUGUAGAAGCAGUCAAUUCGGGAGUGUCAUUAGACUUUUAAAGCGAUAUGUUUAUUGAGUGUUGUAGAACUUCAACCUUAACCAACAUAACUAACGAGCCAAACAUCCACAACGCGCAAACAAGUAUGAACCAAUCCGGUAAUGAAGCAGACUCGCGUAGCAGGCGCCAAGCGCAAAAGGGCGGGAAAAUGCGCGAGAUGGUUCGUAGAUUUUAAAAAAUUGUGAUGCGAGAACUUUAAGGAAAUCACAAAGCGUACCAAUAGGAAACCUAAGCAAUUUUAAUAGUGAAUUAAUUACAUCGUUAGCUCGGCGUGUGAGUUGGAUGAAGCAAAAGCGGUUAGGGCGAACGAGCAAGAUGGUUCUAACUUUCCCACUCGAUCCAUGGAUUCGACAGGAGACAGGCACUCCGGAUCGUAUGUUUUCUCUGGUAUCAAGACAGGAUCGAUUCCAACACAAGAAAUCUUCUCAAAGUAACGUUUUUUCACGUGGGGACCGAGCGUGUUCGCAUAAUGUGAGAGAGGAUAUCCCGCCAUGUUGGAAAGUGUGGAACAACAACAUGGCAACUCAAAUGUCUCGCGAAAAAUGUGACGUCAUGUGAUUAGCUCUAUAUUAUUAAUAAGUAAUCACAUGAUUUUUCUCGUGCAAUUUGGAAUAAUUAAACAAUUGUAAAUUUUUCAAAAACCACAAAGUGCACUCGCCCUACAGGCUCGCGCACUUUUGUUGGGCUUUGAAAGAUUUACUCGUGCUUAUUUAUUCCAAAUUACACUCGAAAUCAAGUGAUUACCUAUACAAACCGUUUUCUUUUGGCAAUAUAAGUAAUCUACUAUCGACCAAGCUUUUUCGGUCACGUGACGAUACUGGAUAUUGUCCCCGUUCUUUUUGACUCGAAAGUGAACCGCUUUAUUCACUAUUGAUCGAUGUGAACACAAUUUUUUCUUCUAGUGAAGGUUUCCUCAUUGUAUUAUUUUUUAAUGUUUUCUUUUAUUUCAUUAGUAGUAUUAUUUUUUUCAGGUGUCUGUGAUCAGAGUUUUGGUAUCCAUGUUGCCGAACUAGCGCACUUUCCAACACGUGUCAUUGACGUAAGUGUGACUUUUAUUGUUGUGUGGGGGGUUUUGCGGAAUGAAUGCAUUUAACUGAGAAAAAUUCGUCAACCUUUACUCUUCCAAAGGUCCAGGAACUGAAAAAGUGAGAAAAAGCUCCAAUUCCUAUUUUCUAAAAUGUUCAAAUUUGAAACAAAAAAUUACUGCGUGAAAGUACUGCUGAAGAGGUUUCACUUCAAUGGACACACCAUAGGAUUACUUCCACAAACUCAAAAGUAAUAACUAGAUAGUAUGCAAUUUAUAGUACCGUGUGAGAGUACUGCUGAAGAGGUUUCAUUUGAAAUGUAACGCCAAGGAAUUCCAUCGACUUAGCUUAAAGUUAUAAGUACAUGCUAAAAAGAUAGUGCCAUGUGUAGGACUAAAGUUAGUGUUCAGUACUGCUGAAUAGGUCUUGUUUGAAUCGUCGCACCAUAGGCUUAAGUCCACAAUCAGAAGUUUUUGAGAGGUUCUAAAGCUAAUGGGUCAAUUAACGUAUGUAUUUGAAAUAACAAAUAACAGAAAAUGAAAUAAGAGAAUGUACAUAAAACUUAUUUUAGAUAUACGCGGGGAAAUCAUCAGUUACGAUAAAACAAAAGAAAGAGAAAAUGCCUUUCAAACAUUCCCAGUGCGGCGCGCGCAAACCGUUGGGUACAUUGUUAAUAUCUGUUGUAGUUAGUAUUUUAACUCAGGUUGUUUUUGAAUUUCUUUUGUUUUUGGCUAUGGUAAUGUAUACUAAUGACGUUGAAACAAAGGAAAAAUAAACAUUAACUGAGGUAAAAAAUUAACUACAGCAUAUACUCUAGAAAAAGCAAUGUUCCAAGUAUCCUACCUUGAGGUACACCACAAUUAAUGAUGCAAGCAGUUGACAGUUGCCUACGUGCCUUACUUGUCAGCUUAGAAAGAUCCUGUCUGUAGAUCUUAAGCAUACGUCGUAACACGAAAACAUAGAAUGCCUUGGUGGUAAUGAGCAGUUUUCAAACACGAUUCUCGCGACAAAAACGUCAGUCAAGCGCUCACUGGGACGUUAACUAGCGUGAUUGGAAAAAAGCAAAUUUAGUUGUGCUUGCUUAAACACAACACAGCCCUUUGAUUAACAAAUCACCUGCCAACGUUUUUUUUUUUUGCACACGAUAUAACGUAUUUCAGUUGGUUUGUAAUGUUUAUUGAAUCGGGACGCUUUGAUCUAUGAAACAAGUCUAUGCGCUUAAUUGACGACGUGCGUCCCCCGGAAAAUAAAUUUUAAAUCUUGAGUGAAACAAAACUCUGUGCUCUGCAUAACAGACUGAUACGUGCUUCGCCCUGGAAACAAAUUGAAGCCUUCAUUGGAUCGCUUUGAUCUGACGUGUUUAACUGGCAGGGAGCGUCGUUCGAACGACAAAACAAAGCGUUGUUAGGGUCGUAAUUCUUAUUACCAUUUAGGUCGGAACUCUUUGAUCUUCCAAACAUGCCAAUACUCUUAAUUAACAAUGUGCGUCACUGGGAGAACAAACAUAGCUAUAUUUAGGUCGAAACUCUUUGAUCUUCAAAACAUGCUAAUACCCUUAACUGACAAUGUGCAACAUUCGAGAAAACAAGUAUAUCGCUAUUUGGGUCGAAACUCAUUGAUCUUCAAAACAUGCCAAUACUCUUAAUUAACAAUGUGCGUCACUGGGAGAACAAACAUAGCGCUAUUUGGGUCGAAAUUCUUUGAUCUUCAAAACAUGCCAAUACCCUCAAUUGACAAGGUGCGUCACUGGGAUAACAAAUAAAGCGCUAUUUGGGUCGGAACUCUUUGAUCUUCAAAACAUGCCAAUACUCUUCAUUAACAAUGUGCGUCACUGGGAGAACAAACAAAGCGCUAUUUGGGUCGGAACUCUUUCAUCUCCAAAACAUGCCAAUACCCUUAAUUGACAAAAUACAUCUCUGGGAUAACAAAUAAAGCGCUAUUUGGGUCGAAACUGUUCAUCUCCAAAACAUGCCAAUACCCUUAAUUAACAAAAUGCGUCACUGGGAUAACAAAUAUAGCGCUAUUUGGGUCGAAACUUUAUGAUCUGCCAAACAUGUUAAUACCCUUAACUGAGAACAUGUUUUGCGACAAAAGAGUCCCGCCCAAAUAGCGUUGUAUAUCCCGAAUGACAAACAUUCUCAGUUAUGGGUAUUAACUUGUUUUGCAGAUCAAAGAGCGCCACCCAAAUAGCACUAUGUGUCACGAGCGAAUAACAUAAAUACCUUUAAUUACAAUUUUUAUCAUUUGAGUCUACAAUUAUAGCCCUUUUUUGGUCGGAACAGCACUUUUUUACAUACUUGCGUCACCAGGGAGAUGAAGUGAAGCCUUAAUUUGAUCAGGACUCUUUGAUCUUAUAAAAUGCUUCAUUGGGGAUGCCAAAUAUUUACUCCUCUCAAGGAGGCUCGCACCCAUUUUUCAAGGUCUCACCCCUUCGCUUUUGACGCUUCAUAACCUUUGGCUGUUAUGCAUGUACGAAAAAGCCACUAAGUGAAACAACAUGUCUAACAUUACCUUGGCAAGAUUUGAAAAAGAGUUUUUGAGAUAUAAUGUUCUAAAUAUAAUGGUCUUCUCGUUGUUAACUUGGAAUUUGCUUUGCCUUUCUUUAUCCACAACAAAAAAGUAGCAAGAAACUGAGUAUCAUCAUCACCGGUCAUGAGACCUCCUGGAUUUUUGAAACUGUUCCCAGGGGCCCGUUUCUCGAACUUCGUGGUAACUUUAAGGGGUCGGGAUAAUUCAAGUCCCCGUAAACUUGUCGGGUGUUCCUCUAAAUUACAGGUACUUUCGAGAAACGGGCCCCACAAAACCCUAGGGUUUAUGGAAACUCAAGGGAAGGCCUGGGGUAAGGAUUGUCAAAGGAUUUGCGGACCGUUGGACUGGAAGUCGGAAAUUGAUGAGUUAAGAUACAGCACAACAGAGCACAGCAGCUGCCGUGUCCGAAAACGAAGUAGAUCUCUCUUCAUUUUUACGGUAGCAGGUGGUUCUUUUUUACGGACAUAAGAGGCGAAUUCACAUUAUUUUCGCAACAAAAAAAACGAUUCAAACACGCGUCACAUCAAUUACUAAAAUUACGAUGAACUUAGCAUGAAAAAAGAAACACAUUAGAGACCCUUACAUCCGAAGACGACUGCAGGAACUAGGCUUUCUCAACACUGAGUAGGGCGCGCGCGUUCAACCUCCUCAUUAGGGACUUUAAGAUCCAACGAGGCGACGGCAGUGAGAACAUCGCUUAAAAAGUGAAUUUUCGUUCUUUCAGUCUAUAUCGCAAUUAUUCCUACCCACUUACUUUGUCAAAUGUAGGCGAACCCUCCAGGAGUUGAUUUCCCAGGCACCAUAUCCAAGUACAGUAAGGAAAUAAAAUUUCGUUGCUGCUUGUUUACGUCCUCCCCGUAAAACGCGAAAUUAGGCAUUUUCACGUCGUAGUCGUGCAAAAACGGGCAGAGAAAUGUACAAAAAGCAUGGUGCACGUGCAAAGUUGUUGUUUGCUAAUCCACCCUAUUGUUUUGUUUUUUUUUUUUGACGUUCUCGUUACCGUCCGCGUCGUUGGAUCUUAAAGUCCCUAUGUUGGCAGUAAACGCGAUAGUCUUCAUCAUUCUGCUUCGGUUUUUUAGCGAAAAUAUUGUAGUGACGGAAACUAGUUAUCAAAUGCUAAAAGUUUUGUCCUUUUGUGAUCGGGAAAGGGCUUAACCUCCUUCAAUGAAAACAACCAUGAUAACCUUUUUUGGUGAAAAAAAGUAAAAUUAAUCUUUCCGGGGAUGUCUAUUAUUUCAGAAUACGUGAAAAACUGUUGAGUCAUAUCUCGUCCUUGUAGUCUUCCUGGUCCUCGAAUCUGAAGGUCGCAAUUAACACUUCACAAGAAUACAAAAAAGGCCCGAUCACGGCUCACCAAAAUACACCUUACCACCCUAGUUAAUAACAAAAUUAUUAACUGCCACCUGAGGAGCACGGUCUCAAGACCAAGAGAGGUGAUAACUUACCAUACUGAGAAAAACAUAAAUUUAAUGAAGUCCCCCGCCUUAAAAAGGUUUGGGAAACGGGGUAAGGUUCAUUUGAAGAACUGUGCGUACCUGUAAAAAAAUUCUAGUCACUCCCCUGCUAACACUUAGCUCCGAAGCUGAGGGGUGUAAGAAAAAAGGGAACGCAAUGACACCCAGUGAUAAAUAUGAUAAAAAUUUGAUUUAUUUUGUGUUAUUCCCGGCAGCCUCGGAGCCAAAGUCCGAAUUUUGAUAGUUCAGAAUUGGCGUAUUGGCCGAAAGUCGUUGAAGAGAAGCUUAAUUCACAAGUUGCCUCAUUAAGGCGAACAAAUAAGCGCCAGUUGGGUCGGAUCUUUGAUCGACAGAACAAUACUCUUAAUUGACAGUGUGCGUCAUUGGGGCGAACAAAUAAGCGCCAUUUGAACGGAACUCUUUGAUCUAAAAAACGUGUCAAUACCCUUAAUUGACCAUGUACGUCAUUGGGGCAAACAAAUAAGCCCCAUUUGAGCGAAAUUCUUUAAUCUACAAACCGUGCCAAUACCGUUAAUCGAAGAUGUGCGUCAUUUGAGCGGAACUGUUUGAUCUACAAAAAGGGCCAAUACCCUUAAUUGACAAUGUGCGUCAUUGGGGCGAACAAAUAAGCGUUAUGUGAGUGGAGAUCUUUGAUUUACACAACGUGCCAAUACCCUUAAUUGACAAUGUGCGUCAUUGGGGCGAACAAAUAAGCGCCAUUUGAGCGGAAUUCUUUAAUCUUUAAAACGUGUCAAUACCUUCAUUGACAAUGUGCGUCAUUGAGGCGAACAAAUAAGCGUUAUUUGACGGAAUUAUUCAAUCUUCAAAACGUGUCAAUACCUUCAUUGACAAUGUGCGUCAUUGGAGCGAACAAAUAAGCGUCAUUUGAGCGGAAUUCUUUAAUCUUCAAAACGUGUGAAUACCUUAAUUGACAAUGACGCAGUAACCCCGCUUGUUUAUUCGCAGUAAAGAGCGGAAUUCUUUAUUCUUUAAAACGUGUCAAUACCUUCAUUGACAAUGUGCGUUAUUGGGGCGAACAAACAAGCGUUAUUUGAGCGGAAUUCUUUAAUCUUUAAAACGUGUCAAUACCUUCAUUGACAAUGUGCGUCAUUGGGGCGAACAAAUAAGCGUCAUUUGAGCGGAAUUCUUUAAUCUUUAAAACGUGUCAAUACCUUAAUUGACAAUGUGCGUCAUUGGGGCGAACAAAUAAGCGUCAUUUGAGCGGAGUUCUUUAAUUUUUAAAACUUGUCAAUACCUUAAUUGACAAUGUGCGUCAUUUGCGCGAACAAAUAAGCGUUAUUUGAGCGGAAUUCUUUAGUCUUCAAGACGUGUCAAUACCUUAAUUGACAAUGUGCGUCAUUUGCGCGAACAAAUAAGCGUUAUUUGAGCGGAAAUCUUUGAUUUACAAAACGUGCCAACACUUUUAAUUGACAAUGUGCGUCAUUGGGGCGAACAAACAAGCGCAAUUUGAGUGGAAUUCUUUGAUCUACAAAACUUGCCAAUGCCCUUUAUUCACAAUGUGUGUCAUUCGGUAUCGAAUAGUGCUAUUUGGGAGAAAACACGCCAAUGCGCUUAAUUGGUAUAGUUCGUUAUUUGGUUCGGGACUUUUUGAUCAACAAGACGCAGUAACAAACUUAAUUGACUUUUUUUUGUCGCCAUCGAGAUGAAAUACAAACCUAACUGGGUCGGAACUUCCUUGAUCUUCGAAUAAUUCCAGAAUUUUUAAUUGAAAAAGUGCCUCAAAUGUUCGGCGUAACAAAGAAAGUUGUUUUGGAGUCGAAGCAACACCAUAAUACCUUUACUUGACAAAUGACGUCAUUCUGAGUCUGAUUGGCAGCCUCAAUUGGGUCAGAAGUCUUCGAUCUUCAAACACGUCAAGACGCUUAAUUAGCUACGUGCGUCAUUUGGGAGGUAAAAUGAAGUCUUGAUUAGGCUGAACAAGAAUGAAAUUCAAGGGACAUUUGUAGCAUUUGCCACAUUUGGAUGGUGAAUUUUAGGUGGAAUCAUGGAUUCACCUAAGUUUGUCGAAGAGUGUAUUUCUGUUAAACUAAGAGAAGAAGACCCCAUCGUUGGAGAGAAGACAAGAUAUUCACCUCCUUCAAUAGCCAAGAAUCGCAAGUUGGAUUCAACGGCCGACUACGUUAGCGUCAAUGGGAGUUAUCACCAGAUCACAUUGCCGACUCUUUCAGAGGGAAGUAACAAGAGAUCCUUUUCCUGCAGCGAUGUCUUCAAGAUAAAGGGAAUGGCCUUCAGGCUUUCCAAAGACAAGAUAGACGCAUUGGAAACUGACAUCUUCAAACCACUGAAUUCGUGUGAAAUUUUGUUAGCUAGAAUAAAGGCCAGCGAUUUUAGAGGAAUAACGGUCACUUCAAUUCAUGAACUGAACAGUCUCUAAGCUUUAAGUUAUCUGUUUAAAUGGCUCUUGUAAUCAGUUAAGGUAUUUAAUGUAUGACGUCCGUUCUAAGACAGUUCCUAAAAAUCUCGAUAAGUUUGCGAAAAUCAGUACAAAAGAUCAUUCUAAUACGCGAUUAUCAGCAAAGAAGUGUUUCUCUGUCAAAUUCUCCAGAACUGCAAAAUGAGAAAGUCUUUUACUAGAAUUGGUGUGUCUGUUUGGAAUUUUAUUCCACUUUCUGUUGAAACUCUCAACAUAUAUAAUUUUUGUAAAAAAUAAAAUCACUACUCCUUACUCGAGAAAAGGUCUGUCUACUAACUGUUGCUUUUCCUUUUGUGUUUGUUUGUUCUGUUUUGCAUUACUGGCGAUCUUUAGCCAAAGGGAGUUCAGGACAAACACCAAUAGGCCAUCUCCGAGUGAAAAAAACUCUCACUUUCAAACACGAGGCCUUUCUUGUGAAAACAAAUUUUAUUUGUAUGAGAAUGAAAAAUCAUUUUCAUAUCAAUGACUAUGCACUUAGCCUCGCUUUGAAACAGAGGCUUGGGACAACUCGGAAAUGGCUUAUUGAAAUCGUGACUCUAUUGUUUAUUGGCUAUGACGAAGUUGCUCAGGAAACUGGGUCCAAAAUCGUCCCCCAAAACAGUCCUACAAUGCACUUCGACACAACACCUACAAGCAACCCCCCCCCCCCCCCCUACCCUCAAAUCAAGGAUGAAGCAAUGCAAAACCCAAAACGCUCCAUUUUCCCAUCCUUGAUUUAAGGGGGGGGGGGGGGGGGGGGCACAAAUUUCCAAUCUAUUUUGUCCAAGAUUGUAGCAAGCUGUUUUUUGGUAUAGCCUCAAAAUUGCCAUUUUAGGAAUUCGGAAAUUUUUUUAAUGAUUUAUUUUCAAAACGCUUUUGGAAAAACUGAACCCCCCCCCCCCCCCCCCCCCCACCUACACUCAAAUCAAGGAUGAAGCAAUGCAAAAGCCAAAACGCUCCAUUUUCCCAUCCUUGAUUUAAGGGGAGGGGUGGGGGGCGGGCACAAAUUUCCCAUCUAUUUUGUCCAAGAUUGUAGCAAGCUGUUUUCUAGUAUAGCCUCAAAAUUGCCAAUUUAGGAAAUCUGAAAAUCUUUUAAUGAUUUCAUUGCAAAACGCAUUUGGAAAUUUUCUGUCUGAAUAAACAAUGCUUAAUGUUCAACCCGCACAGGCCUCCAAUCUGUAAUACUCCAACGGAGUAUAAACUAUCAACGUCCUUAAAUUGACUUGCUCCAGUCAUGUUUUAGGCCGACUCAACUCCACAGUCAGUCAGUCAGUGCGCGGCCUUCUGUGCGGGAGGUUCCGAGUUCGAUUCCCAGGUGUGACCACAAAUCCUUGCUUAGACUUCUUUCCUUUCCCUGAAGUUUUAAGUAGCUUUAAAUACUCGUGAAACGGAGCACUGAUCGAGGUAAAAUGAGCGCACUGUCGGCCUCAUUUUAGUCAGUUUGAGUACUGUCGGGAGUUACCGACGUAAUUUAAAAUAGGGACCUUUAUCUUAACCUUUCUCUUCUAUAGACGUUUUUUAUAAUAAUACACUUUAUUUAAAGAGAGUAGCACGGAAUAGUUACAGAAACUAGUAAACUUGUGGCCCUCUAAAGUUUUAGCUUGUAAGUUUUGUUUUCCCAUUUCAGACCACGUGGUGGUACCCCAGAGAACUGUUUUUUUUCAAAUUGCGUCUUAUGCAGGUGCAUCCAGUUGCCUUCAUAUGCAUAAUUAAUGAAAAGACAAAAAUCAAAUUCCCUGGAAAAAAAUCACGUGUUCUGAAUUGGGAAAACAAAACGUACAAGGUAAAAAGGUGUAUUGUUACUUUCUCUCGUCAGUUUGCUAGACAAAAAGCUGCAGAACUGGAAGAUUUUCAAGGAAGUACUGCGCCUUUGGGAGAAGGAGUCUUGGGUUAGUCUAAGCAGAUGAUAAACGCAUAAAUUGUUUUUAGAGCGGCAAUGUUUGUCGCCACCAUAAUUAUAACUAAUAGCCGGGUGAAACGUUGACGUUUAUUGGCUUCCAAAUUCAAUGUGUAGAAUACUUCGAGUGUUACUCAAAAGUGCAGAAACGUUUUAACUUGAAAAAAAAACCUGAUAAGGUUCGUCCCAGGAAAAAAUUCCAUCGCGAAGUUUUCUACUUCUAUCAAUACUUGAAGAAACAAAAUCCUUUUUAUUCUUGUCAACAGAACUGAGUAGUACAGCAUUAAGUUGGAUGUCACUAACACAAGGAACAUGGACGGGUAACAAGCAGAAUAACGGGAAAAUGGAAAAUGAGAACAGGACAAAGAAUGGGUGACGAGUUACUGAUAGGGCUAGGGUUGACGUCACCUUUUCUUCCUAUUUUUCAUUUCUCGGCUUCUCCCGUCCCCAGUCCCCCGACCCUGUUCCUCGUUUUAUGAAGGUUGGGCUUAGUAACUGCUUACCUGAAAGUAAGAAGGGCUUUGUUUACCCUCACAAACGGUGCCACGGAAAAGUGAUGCUCAAUAGCUCCACUUACAUUGCUGAGUUGAGUUUCGAUAAGCUGGGAGAAUAAGCAACCACGGCGGCAAUGGUAGCGAAAAGGCCUCUUUUAAAAGUGAAUUCGCCCUAAUUCAACCUUGAUUCUAAAGGAAUGUUUCUAAAAAAGUUGUUGUCUUGUGUUUAUGUCCUCCAUACUCGUUUAACAAAGACAAAAAGUGUCCAAAACAGCGUGACGCACAUGCAAAGUUGUUGUUUUGCUAAUCUAAACCUAUUGCUUAUUUGCCGUUCUCGUUGCCGUCGCCGUCGUCGUUCCUUAAGUUCCCUAUUAAAUCCACACUGUCAUAAACUUAUUUGUGUCUUUUAGACUCGGACAGCGGACUUUCCCCAGCAAAAAGAAGGCGUUUAAUCAAGCAGGUAAGUGUAACCUGUGUUCAGGCUUUUAUUUCUUAGAGAUAAUCUUCUUCAGGCCGGAUAGUGUUGGGGACUCAAGAAUUCAUCGUUUGAUACGCGUACUAUUUAUACGAAAAUUUCGGUAAAAAUUUCCCGAUAAAUGGGAGUGUUUUUUUUUUCUUUUCGCGUCUGGCGAAGAGCUGUACCAUGUACAAAAUACUGGUAAAUUUUUCGCUUUCUCUUGAGAGGAAGCCUGGCACUGGCAAACAAACAAAUUGUACAGAAUCGGCCGCUCCGGGAAGGUAAUACCUUGGAAGAUGUUACGCUUUUCCGAAGCCAUUCCACUGGGAUAAACGGUUCCAUUUGAAUUCUCCCGGAAUUACCCGAUUUUCCGUACUAGUGGUAAGCGCUCCAGUAGUAACGGUCAGUGAUAGUGACUAUCGUCGGUGAGGCAAACGACAAACGAGCCCUAUCAUAAACAAGCCGCAAUAAAUGAUCUCAUUAUAUUGGGAUGCUUUUGUUUGGCUGUUUGUUGGUACUUUGUUACUUCUUUUCAUCCGGUAGUUGCUUUGGUUGGCUGAUUCUUGAUUAAUUAAGGGCUAGAUUACUUAAAAAACGGCUGCACUGUUAUCUAUUUGCCACAACUCGCCUUUUUUUCUUUUUUAGGAAGGGGAAGAAAUUAUCAAAGAUUUUCUAAGUCAGGUUGCGAAGUUACCCAUUGAAACCAUGACAGACGAUCAAACCACGCAGGAAGUAUCAAAAUUAAAGGAGGAAGUUCUCGCAAGAAAUAAUCCUUACAUACAAGAGCUUUUGGCCAAAUAA